CCAGGCCCUAAAAAUUUUACCAAUGGCAUUUUUAUUUUUUCUAUUUUAUUCAUGGUAGGUGUUUAGUUUGAAAUGGAGAGGAACUUUUCUCAACUAUGGUGUUCAGGGGUUCCCAUCAUCCUUUGCCCUGCUUGUGAAGAUUGCUUUUAACUAAAGUGGGCUUUUAAUAACUAUUAGGAUAUUAGUCUUGAUUUUAAUGGCAAGGUGAAAUCAAAGACGACGUGGUGAGGGUUGAGGCUGGGAUCCUGGAUUUCAAGUAUUGACAAACAUUGACAGCCCAUAAUCAAGGUCAUAGGUUAGCAGUAAUAUAUAAAUUCAAUGCCAUGGAAUUUGCUGUGUGUGUGAGAAUGGGAGUACCAUGAGAAAACCUGCUUUCACAGGACAAGUGCCGAAUAGUCUACCUGCUGUAGGGCAAAAACAUGGGAUUAGUUAUAUAAAAUUAAGUGAAGCUUAUGGUGUGAGCAUAUUCUGUGUUUGGCUGUGGUACAUAUUGUAAGGGGAUAUUGUUGUAUGUGGUGCACAUGUAAUGGUGUGAAGGGCAGAGGUUAAUGUGUUUCUUGUUUCUGCUUUUUUGUAAUAAUUUUUAGCCAGUGUAUUUAGCUUGCCUUUAAGUGAGAAUUUACUUACUUUGUGUAAAUAGAUAAUGGGUGUGUAACUUUGACUAAUGUUCUGUUAAUAUUAUACUUUCUUGAGUGUGUUAUCCGGCAUAUUUAUGGUGACUUGGCAGCUGUAUUCUAUAAGGGGUUGGAUAUUUAUUUUGUAGAUUUUUUAGAUAGUGUUAGCUUUAUAUCCUUUAUUUUUACCAGCUAUAAGCCUACCGAUGGCAAGCAUAGUAAUUCCAGUAGUAACCUAAGUAAUAAAAUACACAGUAUGAUAAUCACUUUAGUUCUCAUAAAUAACUCAGUUGAUUUGCAUAAUGUGAAAAAAGAACGUUGACAGAAAUUUAUUUAUGCAUGCUCUGUUGUUAGCAACAUUCUUUUGUGUACCAUAAACAGCAUGCUUGCAAGAUCCUAGAUACAUUGUUAUUCUCAACCACAAAUGAAAAGGAGGAAAAAAGAUCAGGACUUGGAAAGGAUUCAAAGAUAUGAUCAACAUUUUCAUCCAGUGGAAAGGCUUUCUCCAAGUUGAACAUCUCGGGGAAUAAGAAAUAUGCUGGUGGUAUACUUCAUAGACUGGAAUCUGCAUUAAAUGAAGAUAACAGCUGGAUGAUAUGCAACUGAAUGUGUGGGGGAUCCUCAGCACAAGUAUAUCUAGGUUGUCUACAGAUGUUGGUUUGUUUGUUUUUGAGCAAGUCCACUGCAGGGAAUCUAACCCCAGUUUUAGUGUUGUAAGUCCAUAGACUUAUCCCAUUUGUGGUUUCAUCCAAACAAUGUGGUUUCAUCAACAGUGUAUGCUGUCUGCUGAUAAUGCGAGCAAGCUCCAGAUGGUUUAUUAUAAGUGCCAAAACUGUAUACAAAAAACAUACAGGAAAUCAAUAUUUCCUUAUUAUUACUUGUAAGAAGUAUGAAGAAAAUUCUCAUAACAAGUUUUUUUUUUUGCCGUUUUAUUUCAUUUACACGUUGAACUAAUCACUUUUAUCAGUGAGUGUUAUGGACUAUACAGUGAACUUCUUUUUUGAGUAAAAAUAUAUCAACAGUGGUAUUGAAAUCACACUAAAACAUUUAUAAAAGAAUAAUGGAUUAACAAAGAACUGGUGACUUUAGAAGUCAACAACUUUUGUAGUCUUCCACUAAUCCAGAUUUCAAGGAUGGUCAAUGCAAAAGUAUUUUAUAUAAAGCUUGAAGAAAAACUUUGCUCUUAUCCCCAGAAAAGUAGCAUUGACAUGAUUUAUUACAUUUGAAGUUGCCCUUUAAUAAUAAAUAACUAUGUUGAAUUGCAGUAUGUUAAGCUAUUUUCAUUAUUCACAAGAAAAAUAACUUUUGUUGAUACCACAUAGGAUGCUAAAGCUGCAUAUUGUACAUGUCCUCACUGGCAGUAAUAGUCUACUGAUAAAGUCUUUAAAUAAGUACAUAAAGGAUGGAAGUACUUGAGAUGAAAGUUGAACCCUUUUCUGAUGAAGAGCAGAAUGUUUUGCUGGAUAUCAAGCAUGUGAAAAAUGAAACUAUAAAACCAUCACCUUCAAGUGAAUCCACUUCCAUAGAAGAUAGAUCUUCAAGUACUGUAUUUGAGUUUGAUAUAGCAAAAGAUGAACUUGAAGAGAACAGUGAUGAAGAAAUAGAAAUGACUGAGAACUUUUGUGUCAGUGUGAAAACUGAGCAGCCUGAUGAUUUGGAACAGGAUGAGAUUGUUUCAGUGUUCAAUGUGAGUGAUGAUGAUGAUCAGGACAGUUCCAAAGAUGACCCUUUGAGUAUGAAAAAAGAAAAUGAAUUUCAAGAUGAAUUUCUACAUCUUGACUCUGAGUCAAAAGGAGGAACUGAAAUGGCAUCAGAGCAAAGCUUGAAAGAAAGCUCUAAGAUCGUAAUGAAGAAGAGAGGUUACCUGACAAUGGAACAGUUGAAUAUUGUUGGCAAUGCAUCAUUUGCCUCUGAGGAGAAAGGGCUUCUGUCAGAGGAAUCUGAAACUGAAGAGAUAGAUGCUUCUGUUUCAAUGCCUCUGACACAAGCUGUCUAUAAAACAAAGUGGCCGAGAAAUCCUGAACCAGCUCUUCUUGAUUCUGUGUUAUGGACAGAUCAGGAUGUAGCUGGUCAGAAAUCUCGGUCAGAUGAGGACAUUCCUAAAACGUGCAAGUCAGGUACAACCAAGCAAAGAACAAGAACCAGAAUAAGAGGAAGUAAAACUCCUAGAACAACUGUACAGGAGAAGCCUCUCAUCUGCAAUGAUUCCUGGACCUGGGUGGAAGUCUGUGAAGGGGAACAACCACAAGUAACCUCAUUUGUGAAGGUUGAGCCAGUGUUAUAUCAAGCCAACCAGGCAGUUACUGUUAUGGAUUGUUUUAAACUUUUUUUUUCUAUUGAAUUGUUGAGUAUAAUUGUAAAUCAAACAAAUGCAUAUGCAAAUGAUAAAAUUGCAUGCCAGAAUGAACCUCCGAGGAAAAAGAGUAAUAAUAAAUGGAUUGAUGUUACUGUUGAGGAUAUUUUAGCUUACUUAGGUAUAACUAUAGCUAUGGGUCUUCGCCCUUACCCUUUUAUUUCUGACUACUGGUCUACUUAUCUUCCUUUCCAUGCUCCUUGGUUUACUAAUGUCAUGUCAAGGGAAAGGUUUCAGGCUAUUAAUAACUACUUACAUUUCAAUAACAGUGCUAACUCUCUUUCUAGAACAAACCUUAAUCAUGAUAAACUUUUCAAAAUUAAACCUGUUCUAGACAUUCUGCUAAAAUCCUUUGAAACUCACUAUCAUCCUAACAUGGAAUUAUCCAUAGAUGAGCAAAUGUUGGGGACAAAAUCUAGAAUUGGUUUCCUCCAAUAUCUACCAAAGAAACCUGUCAAGUGGGGUAUCAAGGUGUGGGUCCUGGCAGAAGCCUUGAGUGGAUACUGUCUUAAAUUUAAAGUCUACACAGGCAAAAAGGGAGAAAUGUCAGCUGAAGGUCUAGCGGACAAUGUUGUGAUGGAACUGAUGGACAAAUACAAUAGACAAGGACACUGGGUCUUCAUGGACAAUUUUUACACUUCUCCUUGUUUAUUUGACAAGUUACUGGCUGUUGGAACAUAUGCAUGUGGAACAUGUAAGAAUGACAGACUUUAUUUUCCACAAGAACUGAUAGCCACAAAAUUACAGAGAGGGGAAGCAAAAUUUUUCAAAUGUGGAUCUUUGACAGCUGUGAAAUGGACAGACAGACAAGAUAUAUAUGCUCUUUCUACUUUACAUUCUGCAACUAUGACAACUGUGACAAAAAGAGGGAGGGAUACUGAGGUCACAAAACCUCAGCUAAUUGUGGACUACAACAAAUUUAUGGGAGUGGUGGACCUGAACGACCAGCACGCAAGUUACUAUUCUUGUGGACGAAAAACAAUAAAGUGGUAUAAGAAACUGUUUUUUCGACUUUUGGACUUGACAAUUGUGAAUGCUUAUGUACUGUACAAGAAGCAGAACAACCAGCCAGCAUUAUCCCAGAAGACCUUUAGAAAGGACCUGGUAACUGCUCUUGUUGGACCUCUAUUUCAAAGUAGACCAGGUCUUUCUGGUAUAUCAUUUUCAAGAACUGCACAGGAAUUGUCACCCCUGAGACUUACACUUGGCAGGCAUUUCCCAACAACUCUUCAAAAGGGUAAGAGGAAAAGAUGCAGACUGUGCCUAUCAGAAAAUAAGGUACAGAUGCAGUGUAAACUGUGUCUUGAGUAUCUUUGUAUGAGACAUUUUGAAGAGUAUCACACCAGUGCUACUCUCCAAAGAAGCUAAGCAUUUUCCUAGUACAUAAACAAAACCUCACUGAAAUGAUCUUAUUUAUUUUCUGUGUUCAAAAUAUGUCAAAAUAAAUCAGUUAUGAUAGUUUCAUUGAGUUAUGUUUAUAUAUCCUAGUCUGUUCUCUUUUCCAAAACUAAAAUAUUUUUCAGAGUAAUAUCACUUUUUAUUUUUUUUAUUUGAACAUACAAUGGUAUUUUUUAAUGUAUAGUAUGUUGUGAGUUUUACAUAGUUUUUAGCAAAAAAUAUUUUGUAUUACCUUUCACAGUUUUAUACAGUUAUGUAUGUACCAUAGUAGUGUUCCUUUUCAUGAUGUGUAAAGAUCAGAUCAUAAUGUUAUAUAUAUAUUUCAUAAGAACAACAUAAAUGUGUUUUUUAAGUUUUCUACAAUGUUUUCAGCUAAACUUGUUCAUUAGUAUAGAUCUUCAUUCAUUAGUUCAUUUCUCAACAUUGGUGCAUAAUUGUUUUUGAAAGUUCUUCCCAUUUUUGAUUGUUUCAUUCUGAUGUUCCUUUUUGUGAUGUGUAUAUAUUUGCAUGUUUUUGUAACUUUUCAUUGGUUCAUACAGUUUUGUAUGUAACAUAGUGGUGUUCCCCUUCAUGAUGUCUAAAUGUUUGCACAUAUUUCUAUAUGUCAGAAUUUAUAUAACUUUUCUUUGAUUAAUAUAGUUUUGUUUGUACCAUAGUACCAUUUGCACAUAUUUUUACAUGUCAGAAUUUCUAUAACUUUUUUUUUAUUCAUAUUAUAUAUACUUUCAUGAUGCAAUGUUUCCAUUAACUGAUAAAUACUGGUCAAAAUCUGUUUCAGAUGCUAAUUGACCAGCUGAUAGAAACUGUCAGUCAGUCUGAUGUAAAUAAAAUUACUAUUUUCUUAAAAUUUGUAGCCCAACAUAUGAAAAGAGGUAAUCAGCUGUAGAUCUUCCUAUCUUAUUAUGAAAAAUUUAGAGUAUGCCAAAGGUAAUAUUGAUCUAAGUUGUUUAGGAUUAAUUUGCAAGAGUUUCAGAAAAUUUAUAGUGAAACAUAUUUUAACAGUAAAUUAUAUAUUGAGAGAAGUGUGUAUCAUAUGAAAUACAUUUUUUGAUAGGAUAUGAAAUGCCUUGGAUGAUGUCUCACUUUCAGACUAAAUUCUACAUUAAAGCCAGAUGUCACUUGUUAGCAGAAACAUUGUGUUACAUGAAAAGCAAAUGUUUUAGAAGCAAACUUACAUUGAAAAUAAAUGGCACAAGUACUUUAACAUAACAUAAUGUUUAGGGACAACAAAAGACAUUGGUCCAUCUCGGCUGUCCCAUUCUCUAAAUUAAACU